GCAAACAGCAGAUGUGGUGCAUGACUGUCAAUGAUUAGAUAAACCUCUCAAUGGCUCUCAUCAUACUGUCAGUAGUUGCAUUCGGUGGCUGCCUUUAUAAAACAAUUCAUCAGAAAACACUUGGAAAAUCAAGAUUUGAAUGUUUACUGUUUCAAACACAGAAACUUAAUCAAACAGUGCUUGUUUUGAGUUAAGAGGACAAUAAUAUGACACCAGACUUCCCGAUUCAGGUGCCAAAAUGGUGAACUGCUGUGGAUUGGUAACUGUCAAGAAUAAACCAGUACCUCUGAAGAGUAUUGCUGUGGAGGUGAGUGUCCAGGGGCAUGUAGCCACUGUGAGCUCCACUCUGCAGUAUGAGAACCAGGAGGAGAGCCCUCUGGAGGCCAUCUUUGUUUUCCCUCUGCCAGGAGAGGCUGCUGUCUGCAGGUUCAGCGCCAAGAUAGGACAGACUGAGGUGGUGGCUGAGGUUCAGGAGAAACAGAAGGUGCGGGAGCAGUGUGAUGAUUUGUUGAGCUCAGGCCAGCAGGCCUUCCUAUUGGAGGAGAGUGAUGAGAGCCCGGAUGUGUUCAAGCUGAGUGUAGGUAGUCUGCCUCCAGGGGAAAAGGCCUCUGUCAGCCUGGACUAUGUGACAGAGCUGGCCGUACAGGCUGACGAUGGCCUGAGGCUCUGCCUUCCAGCUGUGCUCAACCCCUGCUACCAACCCCAGGGUAAGAACACGGACCCUGUCAGUGUGGCUGCAGGUCAUCAGUUUGACCGGGACGUUGAGCUGUUGUUGUAUUACCAAGACACCCAUCAGCCUACUGCUAUAGUAGAGGCAGCACAGACUUCUGCCAAGCCAGGCUCUCUGAUGGGCAACCCAGUGGUCAUGCUGAGCCUGUACCCAGAAUUCCCCAACGAUGUGAUGUCAUUGAUGACCUCACAUGCAGAGUUUCUGUUCAUUAUGGAUCGCUCUGGUAGCAUGUCAUGCCCCAUGCACAAUGGACCUGGGGCACAGGACCGCAUAGGCAGUGCCAGGGACACUCUGCUGCUCUUGCUGAAAAGCCUGCCCAUGGGCUGCUACUUCAACAUCAUCAGCUUUGGGAACAUUUAUAAGUCCUUCUUUCCUAAGAGUGUGGAGUACAGCCAGAAGACAAUGGAUGAGGCUCUGGAGAAGGUGAAGGCAAUGAGGGCUGACCUCGGAGGUACAGAGAUCCUCCAGCCUUUAAAAGAUAUCUACAGCCAGCCCUGCCUCCCUGACCAGCCCAGACAGCUCUUCUUGUUCACUGACGGUGAGGUGGGGAACACCAAGGAAGUCCUGGAUCUGGUGAAGGCAAAUGCCGGCUCUCACAGGUGCUUCUCCUUUGGGAUUGGAGAGGGGGCCAGCAGGGCGGAAGGCACGCACAGUUUAUCACAGGACAGGACAGGAUGCAGCCCAAAGUAA